CUCGCGCCCUCGCCUACGUCACAUCCGGCCCGUCCCCGGAAGGUGGGCGAAGGAGCCACAUUUGAAGUCAAGAGGGAGAAAGAUCCGUUGACGGGCGCGUCGCUUUCGCCGCCCUGCGUUGUUGCCGGUAACGUCGUCUCGCUUUCGGGUUUUUGGCCGCCGUAAAUCCACAAGAUGCCGAUCCGAGCAAUCUGCACUAUCUGCUCCGACUUCUUCGACCAUUUCAAAGAUGUGGCUGCCAUCCACUGUGGACACACUUUCCACUUAGAUUGCCUCACUCAGUGGUUUCAGACAGCCCCAAAUCGGACCUGUCCCCAGUGCCGAGUCCAGGUCAACAAAAAAACCAUCAUCCAUAAGCUGUUCUUCGAUCUCGUCCAGGAGGAUGAGAACUCCUUGGAUGCCGAAAGCUUAAAGAAUGAACUAGAGCAGAACAGAGCCAAGCUGCUGGAGAAAGAGAAAGAGAAGCGAGAUUGUCAGUCAAUCAUUGACUCCCUGCGGGAGACGCUGGACAUGCGCAAUAGUACCAUCGAGUCACUGCAUAGGACCCUGGGCGAGUCAGAGAUGCUGUGCUCGACCCUCAAGAAGCAAAUGAAAUAUUUGGAGCAGCAGCAGGAUGAGAACCAGAGAGCCAAGGAGGAGGCCUGCCGGCUGAGGAACAAGAUGAAGACCAUGGAGCGGAUUGAGAUGCUGCUCCAGAGCCAGCGCCCUGAGGUGGAGGAGAUGAUCCGAGACAUGGGCGUGGGGCAGUCUGCGGUGGAGCAACUCGCGGUCUACUGUGUGUCGUUGAAGAAAGAGUAUGAGAAUCUAAAAGUGGCCCGGAAGACUUCGGGUGACCUGGCAGACAAGCUAAGGAAGGAGUUGAUUUCUUCCAAGCACAAGUUGAGGGCCGCAGUUCAUGAGCUGGACAAGACCAGCGAAGAACUGAAGUCGACCCAGAAGGAUCUACAGACCGCCGACAAGGAGAUCCUGAGCCUGAAGAAGAAACUCUCAGUUCUGCAAGAGAGCCUAAACCUGCCAUCCCGCACCAGUGAGACCCUCAGCCGGCUCGUCUUGGAGAGCCCCGCGCCCGUGGGAAUGCCGAGCCUGAAGCUGCGCCGUCCCUCCCUCGGUGAGGACAUUGACCUAAACACCACCUUCAACGUGGACACCCCUCCGCCUCGGCCGUCUGGAUCUCAAGUCAUCUCUGCCAAGAAGAUACGGCUGGAGAAAGCCCACACUCUGGCUUCUGAGCUCACCACAGGAGUCUCCGGAGACCCCAUGGAGGUCAGCACUGAACCAUCCAAGAUGCAGGACUUCAAGGUGAGCAGGCCAUCCCUUGGGGGACAGCACUGGGCCAGAGAACCGGAUGAUGAGCUGGUGGGGAGGUUUCCCUCGUUCAUCAAGAAUGCGGUAAUGUCCAAGAGGUUUGGGAGCAGCAGCCUCCUGGAACCCUCCAAGGACAGAGGAGCUGUGAGGAUGGGCUAUGAUGGACUUGGAGGCCGGACCAAGUACAUACAACCUACCGAUCCAAGCACAAUCCGUCCACUUCUCUGCAAAUCAAAGGUCAAGCGCAAAGUUGUCUCCAGGCCAGUAGCCUCUUGUCAGGGGAAGCUGGAUACCUUCCUGAGGCUCUCUCCUCAUUCAAGCCUCUCCAGGUUCCAGCCCUCUUGGAUUUCCUCCAGACUGGACUGCUCCCAGGGCAAGCAGUGAGGUUCUUCUGCUGGGCCUGCAGCAACAUCAGGAGCUGACAUGAGUAACACGGACACUGAGACUGAAGGGCACUAAUUCUAGCCCCUCACCCCCACCCCCCUAGAGGCUGGUUGGCUUCCAGGGGUGGUUUAAGGCAUCAGAUACUUGCAAUGUGUGCUGCUCCAGUCUCCCACAGCAUGGAUAGGUGCUCUGAGUGAACUCUUACAUGCAGAGAUCAAUAUGUAUUAGCUAUUCUCUCCCUCCUCCCUCCCUUCUUUCUUCUCCCCCCUCCCCCCCCCCCCAAACACUUGAGCAACACUAGGUGUGGACACCAGAUCACGUAUACGCCACCUGACUCUCUUUACCGCUGGCCCCUUCACUGAACUGGGUGCGGGCCCUCAGCCAGUGAAGCCGCUAACUGGAGAGGAAAGGGAGUCAGGAGGAGAACUGCUGCCCCCUUGUGUGCCAGGAUCAUUCUCUCAGUUCCCCGGCCAGUCCGGCAACAACCUGCUCAGGUGCAGUGGAGUGCAGCCAGGGAGAGGUUGUGGGCUGCUUCUCCCUUUUUAAGUCUCCUAGAGAUUGUCUGCCCUUGGCCCGGAACUUGAAGCCCAGCUGUCCCCAGUUUGGGUCCCACCUUACAGCGUGGCCAGGCUCUCGUUAAGCACGUCCCAAAAGUCCAGCUGUCUGAUUUAUUGUGGGACUAAGCCUGCCCUGUUUGUUAGUCUUAGCUCAGAGAAGCUCCUUUGAACAAAUAAUCAAAAUGGAGCCCAUUGACUUCAGGUUGACUCUGCAGCUGUGUUUUUGUGGCUGCCCUGAGUCGUGCACCCUGUUUUUAGAAGACUUGGUUUUGCUGCUGCUGUUGUGAUGGAUUUUUUUUUUUUUUAAUACUCAGGACUGCCUUUUAGAACCAUUCCAGGCUGCUAUUCCUACUCUCAUUUCACACACACGUACCCUUUCCAUUCCUUCCCAUGGACAGAGAGGCUGCCUUUUGCUAGGACUCUGGCAUUAGGUUAAGUCCUCAAAGGCCAGGCCUGGGAAAGAGGCUCUUUGGGGGCAAGGGAGGGGAUGGGCUAUGGUACUGCCCUCUUAUGGCUUGCCCCAAAGCAAGCUGAUUUGGUGCUCCCCCGACUCUCUAGCUCAAAGAUGGGGGUUGCCUUAAUAGCCAUUAAUACCCUCAGGUUGGAGUGAGGGAAAAAUCAUAAGACCAAAUAACGACCCUUGAGAGGAGAAUCACCGGAGGUAGUGCAAGGGCCGGAGGAAAAUCAAAUGGGGUAUUUGAGGAAAAUUGUGACAAGUUAGACUGCCAUCAAAUGGGGAAGCUAGACCUCACAAUUCAAAGGGAUAUACCCCCUCUGUGAAACAUAUCUGUAUCAAGAGAGAAAUCUUCCCAUUGACUUCUGUGCCAUUAAGAUCUGUGCCAGAACCAGCCCCACCGUGGCGAAAAACACCUCACUAAUCUAUUAGAAUUCUUUGAAGAUGUCAGUAAGCACAUGGAGAGUGACCAGAGGACAUAUGGUCUAUUGGUCCCAUGAAAACUAGCAUUAGUACUAUAGCUUGCUGUAAGAAAUGAAGUAAAGUUCAUUAAUGUGUUCCUCAAACAGUAUGAACUAAUAAAAGACAGUGGUUACAUGA